AUGAUAAGGAAAGCAAAGAGUGUCGGGAAGGCGUUAGAUGGGGUCGAGAACGGUGGAGUCGGAACCGGUGGAGUGGGGAGAGAUGGAGUGGGUAAGGGUGGAGUGGCAGGGGAGAAGGCAGAAGGUGGUUUUAGUGAUUGCCCAUCUUCAGUUUCUAUACGCUCUGAUGCUGCUGCUAGUGCCACUGGCUCUGCUUCUGGCGCACGGGUUGUGAGGAUUAAGAAAGGAGGCAGGAGCAAGAGCAGCUCAGAGGGGUGUAGAGUGGUGAAGCUGGGUGAGGAGGGGAGAGAGGUAGGAGCUGGGUCAAGCUGCGGUGAUGCGAAUCGGUUGGGUGCGGUUGAAAUAGAAGGGGAAGUUCCCCUGGUGGUUUCGGGCAGAAGUAAAAGCGCGGUGUAUGGAAGGAGCUUAGAGAAAGGUGAGGAGGGGUCGGGGAGUGGGAGGCGCCGGGCAUCUGAAGUUCUCCAGGCUGCCCGGCGGGCAGCAAAACAUGCGAAUGCACUGAAGCAGUCCGAAAAAGCAGCGCAGGCAGAAGGAGGAGAAGCAGCAGGAGGAGGAGGAGGAGGAGGAGGAGGAGGAGCAGAAGGAGCAGGAGAAGAGGGAUUAGUAGGAGAAACAAGGGUACAUGAGCGAACAGGAGGAGAGGGAGUCACGGAAGCAGCAGCAGACGCAGGGGAUAGGCCUUUUGCUGGUGUAAAACAGCCGACUAUGCAUUACUGGGUGCCUUUGAAGGGUGACGAUGAGGAGGAGGAGGGGGGUGAGGAGGAGGGUGAGGAGGAGGAGGAGGGGGAGGAGGAGGAGGAGGAUGAGGAGGAGGAGGAGGAUGAGCAGGAGGACAGUGAUGCGGCUGCCACGCCAACAUUCGCAACAGCAAGAACACAUGCAACGCAGCAGCAGCUUCAGCAGCAGCAGCAGCAGCAGCAGCAGCAGCAGCAGCAGCAGCAGCAGCAGCAGCAGCAGCAGCAGCAGCAGCAGCAGCAGCAGCAGCAGCAGCAGCAGCAGCAGCAGCAGCAGCAGCAGCAGCAGCAGCAGCAGCAGCAGCAGCAGCACAGGCCAGCAGUGGCAGCCCAGGGACGCCCCCGUGCAAGGUCGGAAGGAAGCUUGCAUUCCAAAGGGGACGUUUCCGAUGCUGAGACCACCCUUGCAGUGAAACCCCCCCAAAGGGUUGCUUCUGAGUGCUCUCAAAACGGUUUUGGCGCGAAAACCCCGAGGGGGAAGGGCAAGGGGGGGGGUCUGAAGUGUGGCGGGAAAGCUAGCUUGUCAGACGCCCCAGUCGAUUCCAGACUGGAUGAAUCAAGAGUGGGGAAGGAAUCAGCUGUGGGAACAUCCACUGUUUGUACAGCUGCAGCAGCUAAGCCACAAUCGAUUCUGCAGCUGGAUUUGAGCGCUCUUGACUCCUCUGCCCCUUCAUCUGAACAUCCCAUGGUCUUCCCUCCUGCCUCGCGUUCCGCCUCCUCCUCCUCCUUCUCCCCUUCGCGCCCCUCAAACCCCUCGUCCCCCUCACCCCCCUCACCCCCCUCCCCAUCCUCCCCCUCCUCACCCUCCUCUCUCCCUGUCCACAAGGCUCGCACCCUUCCCUCCUCUCAAGCUUUAUCCGAGCUGAAUCGGCGGGUAGAACGGGACUUGCACGGAGUUAAAACCGUCCCGGAACUAAGGGUGCUAGCACGGCAAACCUCAGAAGGAAGGAUGCUAGAAGCUGCUGCGAUGCGAGCAUCAGCAACCCUAGAGCUACAGAAGCAGCAGCACCAGACCCUUAUGAACGCCAGGAACAGCAGAUUCACCUCCUCCUCCUCCUCUUCCUUGCAGCCCUCCUCUGCCUUUGCCUCCUCUUCCUCCUUUGCCUUUCCCAUAGCCACCACCAAGUUAACCGGUUUUUCUUCCAACUCCUCUUCCUUCAACUCCUCAUCUUCCUUAAAGCCCUCCUCUUCUUUCCUUCCCUCCUCCUCCCACCUGACCGUUUCCCAGUCAGCCUACUGCUCUCCUGUCGUCCGCACACCCGCUUCCCUUACACCCACAAUCUCCAGUAUCGGCCGGCUGUCGAGCGAUCUCGGCCCUUCAUUCGACUCGUCGGAUCUCGCUGCUGCUGUGGCUGCUGCUGCGGCUGGUGGUGGUGGGAUGAGGGGGAGAAGCAGCAGGGGCGUGGGCAUGGGUAUGGGUCCAUCCCCGUUUGUUGCCCGUGCUGCUGCGACCAUGCAGAAGGGAGCUGUUUGUCAACGGCGGUAUGGUGGCGGUGGCGCUGCUGCUGCCCCUGCUGCUGUUGGUGCUACAGGUGCUGGUUGUGCUGGUGUUGGUAGUGGUAACGGUGGUGUUGGUGUUGCCAAUGCUGCGGCUGCUGCUGGUGGCUCUGCGGGGGACUGGGAUGGACAAAAGGAGUGGGGUUAUAGCACUGGAAGCACCAACACUGGUGCUGGUACUGCUAAUUUCGACAGCAGCGGCCUUGGUUACACGGGUAGCAGCACCAGCAGCAAUACCAAUGCAAACACCAACCCCGCCGACACCAUCACCAAUGGCAACACUAGUAGCAACGCCAAUACUGAUACCAACGCAAACCACCACCCGCCCGCCGACGACUACGAGACAACGAACACCGGCCACACGGCAGCAGUGUUUCGGCGGAAAACCAUGGCAAGGCGGCCUGCAGGCGCAGUUGCACUCUCACCCACUCCCGCCCUCCAAUCGCGCCAGGCCUUCCAGGCCACUGACGUGACUUCUGGGUUGACUCGCAAGUCAUCUCUUCAGACCAACACUCUUCAGACCACAACUCCCCACGCUGCCUCCACUCGCCACGGUACCACCAGUCUUCGCUCUCCUCGCUCCCCUGCUGCUCUUCCUUCUCCCCGCUCUCCUACUCCCACCGCUCCUCUGUCCCCCACUCAGGGUCAGCAGCAGCAGCCACACACUCCCCCUCGUUCCCCGCCCUCUAGCGCCGAGUGUGGCGCCACGAGUGUUGAAACAUCUCAAAAGGCCCGCACCCAGGGUCAGCAGCAGUCCCACACUCCCACUCAUGCCCCGGCCUCUAAUUCCCAGGGAAGCACCGCCGUCACCGCCGUCACGGCCGGCAAAGCCGGCAAAGGAGCAGCCUCGUCGUCCUCCUCAAAGCCGGGGAAGAGCAACAAAUCGAGUGUAAGCUCCACCACAAAAGAUAGCAAAAAGGACGGCGGAGUGAAAAAAACUGCUGUGGCAAAUGGUGCAAAGAAAAAGAGCAAGGAAGGCUCUCACACGAGGGAUGGUAGCUGGGCCAGCAGUGGCACCGGCACCGGGCCUAACAGCCCUCUCGUACCCCCUUUGAUCCCCAUUGCCAAGCCUGUUACUCAGGCUCGUGAAGCUGUUGCUCAACCUGUUACGCAUGAGCUUUCCAAUUCAGGAGUGGCUGCGAGCAAGUCGUCGUUGCCUUCUUCGUCGCCUGUAGCAAGGAGCGGGCUUGAUAUCGGGAUUUGUCGGUUUGUGUGCACGGCACCGCCGCAGCUACCAACGCCGCACGUCUCCGACUGUUCACGAGGUGCCGCGGCUUUGCACGGAGGGGAAGCCGCCAAUGGUUCUAUCAGUAGUGGUUCCGCCGGUCGCGCCGCACGAGCGGUACCACUCAAGAAGCGCGACGCCGCAUUCCUCCAAGAGCUGUCGGUGCGCGAGGAAAUGGCGGCGCAACGCGAACGUCGCACGCGCAUUCGCGAACUUGUUGCGAGGGACCCCGAAGCACUCUCUCCGCUCACCGACCCCGUCCCCGCGGGAUGCCCGGUGGCGCGCGGUUUUUUUCCACAAACGGCGGUUUUGGCGGGGUGCGCGCGGGACGACGUGUUGGGGGUCGAAGUGCGCACCAACGUUCCGCUUGAAGCUAUCGAUAUCGGGCUCGAGUCGCACAAUCGGCGAAUAGGUGACGUGUAUGACGUGGUGCCGUUAUUCGCGAUCCCGAUGGGCGGAACAAACGGCCCGGGUUCAAAUCUUGAAGACGACGAAACUUUAGCAGCGCCGCUGGGGAUUAGGCGGAAAGUGUGGGCAGACGAGGACGACGAGAGCGAGGGGGAAGACGAACCGCUCAGCACCGUGCUUUUGAAGGGCAGUGGCGGGGGGACGAGGGGAGGGCGGAAGCAGAUCGGCGAAGCGGAGUCGGAAGACGAAGGCGGAAGUGCGCGAAGAGAUUCGCGCGCGCGGGCGCAGCAGUGGCGGGUGGCGGUGGUGGCGGCGGACGAUGUCAUGGCGGCGGACCCCGCGCUGCUGCGCGAUUGGUUCAACGUCUGCGCCAACACAAGGGCGCUCUCCGCGUAUCUGCAGAAGGGUACGCGCAGGUCGAGGGUAUGCGCAAGGUACCCGCAGUUCCAUGCUGGCCGCCGCGGUUCGCCGUUGCGGCUGCGUGGCAUGACGAUCUUGCCGCAGGAACGCGACGCGGCACGCAACUUAGUGUCGAGCGCGCACUUCUCGUGGAUGCUGCAAUACGCCAUCGACUUCGCCAUCUGCCGCUGCGCCGUCGCCGCGGACGCACCGCUGGAUGACUGCCACGUGGCGGAAGCAGCGCGAAUCUCCGAUUCCGCGGAAGUGAGCAGCGGCACCGCGAGGAGCUCCGCGGUGGGGGACGAACGGGAGGGCGCGGCGGCGGACAAGGCGGGUUCCGCGGAUCAGCUCGGCGCGAUUCCGGCGUCUAUUUCCGGCCGCUCCGCUGCGACGACCGGCACGAGCACGCGGAACUCCUUAUCGUCUGCGCCAGAGGCUGGUGGACUGAUAGCCGCGGAUGAUUCCCCGCAACGAAGCGCGACCCUAUCCGACAACAUUCCCCUGUGCGACUCGCAGUACGAUUCGGAUCGGUCGGGUCCCCUGGUCUCCGCGCGGGACGACGUUGGGUCGUCACGUGCGAAGUCGUACAGGCGCUCUGCGACGCUGGGGGUGGCAGAGCAGGAUGCUGGGAAAGGGAACCGGAAACGCACUGCCAGCCCAGGGGGAGGCUCGGGUAGUGCCCUUUCAAGCUCUAAAACUUCCUCCUCUGAGUGCGUAGGUGCUACGUGCGUAGGAGGGUGGAACCGAGACUUUGAGUCGGGUGGUGGGACAAAAAGGACUGAUACCGACGAGUCUGGUUUGACGUCUCGGGUUGCAGGAGGUACAGCAGCAGCACGGGUGGAUGGAGGGUUGGGUGGAGCAGAAGCAGGCGAGGGUGUGUUUCAGAAUGUGCAGCAGCCGCAGCAGCAGCAGCAGCAGCAAAAGAAGGGUGGUGAUGGGAAGGUGAAUGUGAUUGCAGAGGGGGGAGUGGCACCUGAGGAUAUCUUCGGUUUCCUGCGUGAUUCCAGACUGACAGCCACUGUGGCAAAAGAGGGGCCUUUUGGGGCUCCUCAAAAGCCAUCAAGUGCCAAGACAGCAGCCCAAACACCGCAAACAUUGCAACCAUUGCAAGCACUGCAAGCAGCGCAAGCAGCUCAGGCUCCUCCGGCUUCUCAGUCACCUCUUGAGCCACAGGCACCGCAGAACCCUCCGGAUUUGUUUGAUUUCCUUCGUGAUCCACGGCUCAAGGCCACAAUGCCUAAAGGGGGCGAUGCCUGGAUUAACACUGCAGCAGCAGGAGCAGCAGGUGCAGCAGCACAUGCACCUCUUUCCUCCAGGUCGUCCCUGCACGCCAACCUCCAACUAGAUGUAUCUGGGGAAGGUGCUACCUGUGUGGAACAGGGGUCAGCUGAGAGAGUCUCGCCUAUGGAGAGGGAUGGCAGAGGGAGCAGGCAGCAGCAGGAGAGCCAAAUACUUUCCAACCCUGUUGGGAGGAAAGCAUCUGCUUCUACUGUCUCUGCUGCAUCCGCUCCCACCUCUCCUAGAGCAGCAGCCAAACCUGCCCUGCUGUUUCAAAGCCUCACUCCCCUUACCCACCUGUCGCCUUCUCUAGGGAAGGGCAGUCAGGAGGGUGGCGAGGGGGUGAGGGAAGGGGUGCUGGGGUUGGAGGGGGAAAAGAAGGUUCAGGAGCAUGAGAGCGGGUUUUUUCAGGGAAUGCAGCAGGUGCAGAGUGGAGAGCAGCAGCAGCAGAAAGGGAGGAAGAAGGGGAUGGUUCGGUGUGACCCUGCUGCUGCUGCUGCUCCACCUCCUCCUCCUCCUGCUGCUGCUGCUCCACCUCCUCCUCCUCCUGCUGCUGCUGCUCCACCUCCUCCUUCUGCUGCUGCUGUUGGCACAGGGGCUCGUUCAGAGGCAGCUGUGGACAUGAGCGAAUCAACCCCAUCCGUAGACCGCAUGAGGCCAUUAGCAGCCCACAUGCGGGCGGCCAGCUUCAGUUCCCACAGCAGCCUGAGCAUGAGAGAAUCACCUGUCACACAUACCCAUGACCCCAGGAGGGCGCUAGGCAAGAGCUCGAGCUAUGAGACAGGCUCCCACAGCAGCCUGAGCAUGAGAGAAGCACCUGUCACCACCACUCUCGCUACCCGUUCCGGUUCGACAAACAGCCGUGACCCCAAGAGGGCACUAGGCAAGAGCUCAAGCUAUGAGACAGGCUCGGCGGUUUCAAGCAGGGUUGUUAGAAUGUCCCUUGAAUCUCCUUCCACUCACUCUGCAGCUGGCGCUGGGCUUUUCAGAAAAUUCACACACGACGGCCUGAUGACCCCAUCCAAAGAUUCGUGCGUGGAAGAAGAUGUUUCCCCUCCACCCCUGCAGCCCUCCCCGUUUCUCGCAGCGAUCAUAUCGUCUUCCCAUGGUGCCUCCACCUCUUCCCUUUCCCGUUCCCUGUCCUCUCUGAAGCCCCCUGCUCCGUCACUCGCCAGUGCUUCCCCUUCCCGGCAACCGGAGCAGUCUUCUCGCAAGCUGUCGCGCUCCCAGUCAUCCAACUCCGUUGCCGCAACGGCUCGUGUUUCCCCGUCGCCUCGCCUGCUGCUGCGGUCACCAUCUGCUCUCUCUGCGCGGCGGAAAGCCCCGGUACCAACACCGAGCCAAUCGUCUAGCAUUAGUCCCCCCGACGCCGAGCCACACAAGAAAGAUGUGGUUGUGUCCCGGCACGAGGAGUGUGGUGCCAUUUUGAAUGAUGGAGGCCGUGCAAAUUCGCGUCGUGUAAGUGAGGUGGGGAGUGGGAGCAAGAGAGUGGGGGUGCGAGGGCUGUUUGAUGUGGAAGAGGAGGGUGAGGAGGCGGACGAGGCACCGGUGUUUGGGUCGUCCGGUAAAAGUAGGUCUUUGCCGCAUAGAAGGCGAGCUUCGCUACCCGUGAUGCCAUUACCUGCGCAUGUUGAGGAGCAAGAAGCAUGGUAG